AUGAUAUCUCAAAAGGUAUAUCUCAGCAAAGCUGACAAAUCCGUAAAAAAUUAUGACUACUGGAUAUGUGGAGGUGCUAUAGUAAGUAAACUGCAUAUUAUUACCUCUGCCGCGUGCGUGCAAGACGUCCAGCAUAUGUAUGUUAUACCAGGAUAUGCGAAAUAUGUGCCCAAUGAUAAGUUAGAGGAUGAUAUAUGUUCCAGAGAAUUGAAGAAGAAGAUUAUAUACACUUGUGUUCCGAAAUGUCGCAUCGGCAAUGCCGCUCUCAAGCCUGUUAGGCUGCCGCUAGUUUUGCCAGAUCCGUUUUAAAAAUGGGCGUAUAUCGAUAUUGCGGUUGCCAAAGUUGAUUCUGAGUUUGAUUUCAACGAUACACAUUAUGAAGACUGUUGUUCCUAUAAACCCUCGGCCAUAGAAAUCAAUUACUUUGCUAAGUAUCAGGAGCCUAACGCGGAUGCUAUUGUCUUUGGUUGGGGACACGCGGAGGAAUGGAGAAAGCCCGAAGAUAAUAAAGACUACAACCAGAAGAUGUUACAUUAUGCAACAGCGCUCAUACAGAAGAAAGAGAUAUGCAAAAAUUCAUUUGCAAAUUUUCCGCAGCUCUUACCGAUUAUUGAUAAAUACAUGAUUUGCACUAAUGAGAGCGGCAAUUUAGAUGAAAAAGGUCAUCUCAUUAAACCAGCAAAGCUUGCUGAUGGCUGUUCAAGAAAUACUUAUCAUUUGCGUCAAGAAAUAGAGUGUGAUGAUGACUAUAAUAUAUUUUCGAAAGAAACACGUAGGUCUGAUAAGAAUGUAACAACACACGUUCUGGAAACGCAACCGAGCCGAAAACAAGGCAUAUGCCAGAAUGACCACGGUGGUCCUCUGGUGAGAUGGAUAGGCUCCAAAGAGAUGCUCAUCGGUGUGGCGUCGGUAUUCGGAGUGACAAAAGAUAAUAAAUGUACCGGACCAUACUUGUUCACCAGCACUCAAUGCAACAGUCUUUUCUUAGACUGUGUAAUUAAUGAAAACAAAACAAGAAGAACUAUAUGCGAUAAGCCACCAAUAGAAAGGGGAUUCGAUAAAAUAGAAAAACACAUAUCUUGGAUGAACCAUCCCGACGGGUAA